GCUAACUACGUCAGCGAGCACAAGCAUCACGCAUACUUAUACUCCCGCUCAGGGGGCGCGUGCCAAGCAUGGCUGGACAAUCUCCUCUCCAAGUACGGAGUGGUGGGUGCCGACUUGCAUACCAAGAUCAGUUGGGUGAUCUUACGGCGGCGUGGCAUAAGCGGUUCCAAGUAGAGCCGCCGGAGAUCAAGGCAAUGGAUAAGCCGAUGGUCUUCGAACAAGGCACGCUGCUGAGUGUUGACUGGAUUGUCGAGUACCAACGCUUGACAUCCGUCCCUGACAUUCAAAUGGGCUUCAAAGCCAUCAAAGACUACUUCAUCUCGAGGUCGUGUCCGAUGUUGGGCAAUGCCUCGACUCACGUCGAGGACACCCUGACGACACCGGCGGAGCUCUUCGACAAGGCCGUGCAGAUUAUUGUCACCAACAAGGAGGCUAAGAACCUCCACCGUUCGUCUGCGACAUGCCCAAGCAGAAAUCAGCAUCGACCUAAAGUGGCCAUGGUCGCAGCGGCAACGCCAAUCGACCAAACUAGCAAGGCCGUGUCUGCCAAUGAAGGGGACAGACUCGCAGCCGCCCAGGAUGGUGGUCGCCCCGACAAAGGCCGAGGACGCGGCAAGACGAAGACAAACACCGCAUCUAUCCUCGGGCCUGACGUAGCAGCUCCAGCCCCAUGGCAAAGGCAAAUCGGGAAACUGAGCACCGCUUGGAGUAAGUCAACGACAUUCUUGACACCUUCGGAACCGGUCACUUCGCGGGUGACCGCCCUUCGUUCCGAGGCACAUGCGGAAGUCGAUAGUCCUCCUCUUCUUUAUUCUUUUGAGGAAUAUGCUGCCCGACUCGUUCCUACACUGGGUACUCAUGCUCAAGGACAAGACGUGUGUGCGACAUCUUCUCCGUCCGGCAAAGGCGAUUUAUCGUCUUCGAGUGGUUCUUCACGGGAUUCGGCGCGCGAGUUCAACAUAGAGGUAUUGGACCCGCUCACGUUCAAGGAUUUCGCAUGGCUUCCUCUCCUGACCAUGGGCCGCUUGCGGGGACCGCAAUGUGCAACAUUAUGCGCCCAUCUUCAUACGUGUUUAUCCUUCUUUGCACCACCAACGCCGACGGAUGACAAAGUCGCGGUGGGGGCCAUCCUUACGUAUGUUACCAAGGUGGCCCGCGAGUUUCGCAAGCAGCGGUACGACGACAACAACGCACCGCUCCUCUAUGUCUGCAUCCAAGUUGGGCAAGCGUCUUGCAACGCUUUGCUGGAUAGCGGCGCGUCUCGCAAUUUCAUGAGCCAAGCCUUUAUGCAAAGGGCUGGCCUUGGCACACAAGUUCGGAGGAAGGCAAACCCGGCGGCGAUCAAGUUGGCUGACGGAAGGACGCAGCAACUUAUCGACCGCUACAUCGAGGCCGUACCGAUGUAUUUCGCACCUCAUGCAUGCGAACCGGUGACGUUCGACAUUUUGGACACGGACUUCGACAUUAUUUUGGGAAUGCAUUGGCUUGCAAGUGCGAAUCACACGGUCAACUUCCACCGGUGGACUCUUACCGUUCGCGACGCUUUCGGUGUUGAAGUACCGUGUACUAUUCCUCUUCCGCACCCUUCGAUCCGAUGCCAAGUGGUGACGACCAAGUCAUUCCGGGCUACUUGUGCUUACAAGCAGCCCGAUGAAAUCGGCCUAUGUUUCCUACCGACCGUCGCUGUAGCCGACUCUUCACCCGCGGACUUGUCUUCGGACCCCCGUGUGGUGUAGUUGCUUGACAAGUUCGCUGACAUCUUCGAGUCACCUACUGGUGUGGUGCCGGAUCG